CUGGUAAAUAGUUAAUUAUAAAAAAUCAGACUUACAAAUUUAUUCUAGUUGCGACAAACAGUCUACUACUUUGCUACCACCAUCUUAAACGAGUAGAUUUCGUCAAUUUUACGCUGUUCGCACUCACGUUGCAUUGAUUUUUAUUCAGUUUCUUUUAUAUCGUCUUACCUGUUCAGCAGUGCUAUUUCGUGAAUAUUGUUUGAAAACUACAAAAUGUCGCACACAAUAUUGUUGAUUCAACCAGGUAACAAACCAGAAACAAGAACAUAUUCCGAUUACGAAUCUGUUAAUGAUUGCAUGGAAGGUGUUUGUAAAAUUUAUGAGGAACAUCUGAAGAAAUUAAAUCCUAAGUCCGUGUCUAUAACAUAUGACAUAACUCAAUUGUUUGAGUUCAUUGACCAUUUAGCUGAUCUUUCAUGUCUUGUAUAUCAAAAAAGUACAAUGACAUAUGCUCCUUAUAACAAAGAUUGGAUAAAAGAAAAAAUAUAUGUCUUAUUAAGAUGUCAAGCAAAUCAACGUCAAUAAAGCUAUGAAUUGAACGAACAUUUUUUUAAUAAUUAUUAUGAGGCUGUUUUUUUAUUCAUAUAUAAUAAUUUUGAGUAGUUAUAAAAUAUGUUACAUUAUAGAUAUCUACUACAAAUCAAUUGUAAGUUGACUUCAAGUCAUUGAUGACAUACAUUUUAAUUAUAAUUUAAUGUCUUAAAGAUAUCUUUUAUCAUGAAAAGUUUCAUUUCAUUACACAGUUAUAAAUUUAAAAAUGUAGUUAAAUUAUAUUAUUUGUGACCAUUUGUAAUUAACAACUUGAUUUAAUGUAAUUAUUAUGGAGUUGUGAAUUUUUUUGUGUACCUAAGUUUCUAUUAUACAGGAGUUCAAUCAAUUAUACCAAAUAUUUCAUAUUAUAAUAAAACAGGAGAAUUAUACAAAAUAAAAGUAGGUGUUAUUAAAAUUUA